GUGUCAUGGGCGUGUCUAAAUUAUUUUAGACAUUCCUAUUCAACCAGCAUGGAUGAUUUCUCUGAGGAUUUCUUUACUCUUUCGACAUUAAAGAAAGUUCGUAACACAGUGAUUGGUAACUUGAAGCAGAAAAGGAAAUUCGUUGGAAAUGGAGUGUUAAUGAGGGUAACUGAUGCAUGGAGUAAAGUCCAGAAUGAUUCUCAUUUAUUGUGUGAACUAAUCAUUAUCAUGGGAAGCUUAGCUCAAGGAGUACCUGAGGCUGUGGAUCAAUUGGUGGAGUAUGGUGGACUAAAUCUACUUAUAAAAGGGCUAUGUCAUAAUGAUAGAAGUGUGAUGAUUGCCUGUGUAAAAUCGUUACGUCUCAUUUAUUCAACUGGACCAGUACCACCUAAUAUUUUAUUUCAGGAUGUCAAUACUGUGAAGCAACUACUGGGACUAUUGGCUUCACCUCCUCCAGUCAAUGAGAGUGCUGCUAUCAUUAUUGGAAUAUCUUGUCAAUGUGAAGACCAUCAAAAUAUUUUACUUGAUAAUAAUGUACUUCAAGCCAUUAGUUCAUUAUUGUUGUCCCAGUCACAAAAGGUUCUGUGUGCUGGUCUGAAAUGUUUGUGUGCUGUAAUCAAAGACAAUGAAAAUGCUUUAGAUGAAUUGAUGCAAAUUUCUGCAUAUGAUACUCGUGGACUUUUUAAUUUGCUGGACAAUCUCUUAAAAUAUUCACCUUAUGUGCACAUUAAACUUCAUUCUGCUGUGUGUCUAGCCCAUGUUUUAAAGGGCUCAAACUUAGGAGCUAUUGAAAGGUUGAUUCUGGGUCUUGUAUCACUAUGUAAACCUGACAUUGAAGACUCGACCAUAAAAAUAACUGCAGCCAACACUCUAGCUUUUCUGGUGUCAGACCACCCCAGUGAUCAAGAGAUUGCUGCCAGCACUGAUAAUCUAUUAUCAUCGCUGGUAGGAUUUUUGAGUAAUAAACCCGAUCAGGAUAAUAUUGACGUAGAUGAUGAUGAUCAGUCAAUAGUAGUCUAUCAUUCUCUCUGUCAGAGUUCACUCCAUUUAAUGUCUCAGCUCUGUUCCUCAGUUGAAGACGUAAGGCUGAAGGUUGUCACCCAACCAAAGAUGAUACAAUGUUUAACUGAAUGUCUUCAGAGUGAUGUACCAGCAACGAAGAUCGAAGCAACCAAAUGUCUUUUGAGCUUGUCAAGAUCAACAAAACUAUUAAGAACAUAUCUCUCAGAUGUUGAAAUACAUAUGUCGAAGCAUGUCCUAGAGAUGUUGUCUUCAACAAAUGAUGAAUUUGUUGCUGUAGCUACGAGUUUGGUAUGCAACUUGUUACUCUCUUUUUCUCCUUGUAGAGAGGUAUUGAUUAAUGAAGGGAUUAUUACUAUACUGUGCAGUCUGACUACUAACGGUAAUCCUAGCAUACAACUCAAUUCAGUAUGGGCACUGAUGAAUUGUGCUCGUGAUGCUACAGAGGAUGUACUUAAUGACAUAAUGGCUGGAGUGCCCAUAGAGCACUUAAUAUUAUUAAUGGAACAGCAUCAGAAUAAUGAGAAGUUAUUAAUGAAGUGUUUAGGAUUAUUAGUCAAUCUUACAUCAUCCACUAAGGUAUCAGAUUCAUUAAUAAAAGAGCAAGAUGUACCUUUAGUACAAGCUUUAGGAGCUCUUUUAGCUUCAAAUCUGCCUUCUGGACUUUGUGAGCAGGUAUUAUGUGUAUUAAUCAAUAUAUCCAGUGGAGGUGAGAGAAAUCGAAAUAUUGUAGCAGAAACAGUACUUGUGGUUGAAUGUUUGGGACAAAUUUUAAGAGUUUGUACAUUUGAUCCAGUCCUAAUGGCUGCUUGUUCACUGAUUCAGUUAUUAACAGAUAAUUCAUAUGGAGGUCAUAUUCACAGACAAAAUUGCCUUGAAGAAGUUGGAAUAAUACAUGCUUUGAGAAAAUUAGAACUGACUGGCAAUUCAACAGUUCAAGAUUUGACAAGAAGCAUCUUAGAUUAUUGUCAGACUGCUAACUUGUAACAUUCAUUAAAAUCAAUCAAUAUCUUUAUUUGAUACUUGGACUAGUUUUUACCCGUUGAGUGAAUUUUAAUUAA